AUGAUGAAGAGAGUUCGUAGCCCGAGUCCACUUGCGAUGUCAAAGAAAGGCAGGACCACCAACUCUCCCUUUGCACCCAUCAAGAUUGCAACAGCAGAAGCUGCAGCUACCGUCCAGACUGACCCGCCGUUCCUGCGGCUCCUGGACGUAUUGCGCAAUGUUGUACAGAAGCCCUCGAAAGGACAAUCGAUAGUUUACUGGAUGAGGAUGGGAGAUCUGCGCAUCUCCGAUAACAAGGCUCUCGCCCUCGCGUCUGCUCAGGCAGUGGAAGAUCAAAUUCCGCUUGUAGUCUUGCACGUCUUGAGUCCCCAGGAUUAUAUUGCACACGAUAGGAGCAAAGCAAGAAUCGAUUUUGUUCUUCGUAACCUUUUCCGAGUAAAGGAUGAGCUUGCAAAAUUAAAUAUUCCCCUUUACACAAUUACGCAUACGCCGCGAAAGACAGUGCCAAAUCGGGUUAUUUCGAUCCUGCAGACUCUCCAGGCCACUCGACUCUUUGCGAACAUCGAAUACGAGGUUGAUGAACUUCGGCGUGACAUCGAAGUCUGCUCUUUAGCACAGAACGUGGGCAUCAGGCCUAUGUAUGUGCACGAUAGGUGUAUCGUUGAGCCAGGCAUCGUGAAAACGAAGGAUGGAAGGGUAUACACGGUCUACUCGCCGUAUCAACGAACCUGGAUCAGCAUUUUGAAUGCGAACGUCUCAGAUUAUCUGAAAGAGUUCUCAUCUCCCAAAGCCAAUCUCUCGACAAUCAGGGAGAAUCACAUGUUUGGGCCGUUAUUCAACGUUGAUUUACCUGUGUCGGUGCAUGGCUUCGAGCUUGAUCCUGAAGAGAUUGCCAAUAUGGCCAGGAUAUGGCCAGCAGGAACAUCUUCUGCUAAAGAGAUGCUCUUUCGGUUCUUGUACACCAAAGCGCGUGCAACCCAGCUUGGAGCAGUUGAUCCUCUGGCCCACGAAGCAGAGAAUUCCGACAAACGCAGCCGAAUCCUCUUGUAUGACGAGGCUCGUGACAGAGGGGACAAGGACACAACGUCGCGGUUGAGCCCCUACCUAUCUGCUGGGGUUAUUUCUGUCAGGGAAUGUGUUCGGCAAACUAUGAAGCUCCUCGGGAUUCAGAAAGUGGAGGCUGGAAGGUCGUCUGGCGUAGGUCGCUGGGUGCAGGAACUCGCCUGGCGAGAUUUUUACACCAACGUCCUCGCAUACAACCCACGAGUAUCCAUGGGUCGACCCUUUCAGGAGAAGUUUGCUGAUGUUAAGUGGGAGGUCAACGAGAAGCAUCUGAAUGCUUGGAAAGAAGGAAAAACCGGUAUCCCCAUCGUCGAUGCCACAAUGAGGCAGAUCAAAGUCAUGGGCUGGACUCAUAAUCGUAUGCGCAUGAUUGUCGCUAUGUUCCUGUCAAAGGAUCUUAUGUUGGAUUGGCGGCUAGGAGAGCGCUAUUUCAUGGAAACGCUCAUAGAUGGUGAUCUUGCAAGCAACAACGGCGGUUGGCAAUGGAGUGCCUCCACUGGAGUGGACUCAGUGCCCUACUUCCGGGUCUUCAAUCCCUAUACACAGUCCUCCAAGGCGGAUCCAACAGGUGAUUUUAUAAGGACAUUCGUACCAGAGCUAAAUAAUCUCUAUGGAUCUGAUAUCCACAACCCUCCAGCCAAGGUCGCUGAUAAAUUGGGGUAUCCGAGACCCAUCGUCAACCAUGCUGAAGCGAGGGUGAGGGCUAUCAGGAGGUACAAGACACCUGGUGAAGAGUGA